GGGAACGAGCCGGGGCCGGGUCAGGAUCGGGGCCGUGAGCGGGAUCGAGCUCUGGUCCGGGAUGUUCCGCAUCGAGGGACUGGGGCCCAAGAUGGACCCGGAGGAGCUCAAGCGGAAAAUGCGCCGCGACGUCCUCGCCUCCGUCCGCAACUUCCUCAUCUACGUCGCUCUGCUGCGGAUCACUCCGUUCGUCCUGAAGAAGCUGGACAGUAUAUGACCCCUCCGGACCCAGCGCGUGAACCUGCGGAAUGAACUGCAGCUGCUCUCCCCCGGGCGCUAAUCAAACGUGGUGUCAGAGGCAGGCACCCAGCGCCAGACGGUUCCAAACGCCUCACCUCAGCAUGUCCAGCCGGGAGUGACCGCCGGGUUGGCAGCAUGGGCAGGGCCCCUGGUCCCUGCAGGUGAAUCCUGGCCGUGGAACGCUCCGUGGUGUGGUCCAGGAGUGACUCGUGACAGAACAUUCCCUGUGCUGUUAACAAAGCCCCUGUCCAUCUCGCACAUGCUGCCCUGUGCUGUGGCUGCCCACCCCACCCACCUGUCCAUGUGCAAUGUCCAGUCUCCCCUGCAUCCAGCUCACAAACGAUUUGAAAUAAAGGGGAGAGCAGCUGUGUCACUGG